CCAAGUGGGGAUGGAGGGAUGGACGGAGGGAGGGAGGGAGAGGGGGUUAAGGGUGACUGUGGACAGAAGACGAGGGCUAAUUCUGGUCUCCUAAUCCUAGUCCCAAACCUCCCUCCCCCUCUUUGACUUUUCUUCUUCGCCUACCCAACAGUGCUGAGCAAGCUAAUGUAGAGAGACAACUCGCCGACCGUCACACACACACUUAGUCAUACACACAGGGUUUUUUAGGAGGAAGAGGAAGAGGCAAAAGCAGGUGCCUUGUUUUCACCCUAACUAACAGGUGACCUAUCCUGGAUAGCAGUUAGCGUACCUGUUGGGUUUAGCAGAGAAUGUAGCUGCAGCCUAUCGGCUACACCACACAACACACACCACCAUGGGAGAAGCUACAAAGGGCUUGCUCUCGGUCCUUCAGAAGUUGAAAGGGACCACAGAGAGUGUGGAGCUGAGGAUAGUUCUACUGGGUCUGGAUAAUGCAGGCAAGACCACCCUACUGAAGAGCCUCGCCUCAGAAGACAUCAACACUAUCACACCCACACAGGGCUUUAACAUUAAGAGUGUGGCCUCACAUGGCAUGAAGCUGAACGUAUGGGAUAUCGGAGGACAGAGGAAGAUCCGUCCCUUCUGGAAAAAAUACCUUGAAAACACAGACUUACUGAUCUAUGUCAUAGACAGCGCAGACAAGAAGCGGUUUGAGGAGACGGGACUGGAGCUGGAAGAGCUGAUCGAUGAGGAGAACUUAAAGGGUGUGCCAGUGCUCAUCUUUGCCAAUAAGCAGGACCUGGCCACGGCCUCACCCGCCAGUGAGAUCGCUGAGGGACUCAACCUGCACACGUACCGGGACCGCCAGUGGCAGAUCCAGGCCUGCUCAGCAGUGUCCGGGGAGGGAGUACAGGAUGGCAUGAACUGGAUUUGCAACAACAUUGUAAAUAAGAAGAAAUAAACUACCAGCCCUACUGUACCAAUCCUCACUUUCACCAGAGGGAAACAUACCCAAAUAUUGUAUUUUUACACUGUCUGGUUAUUUAUUACUGCAAUGUGUGUGUGUGUGAGAUAUUAUUUUAAAUGGUGCUCCAAUGAAAGAAGAAUAUCGGCCCUAGAAUUUUAAGGAUUUCUUUUUUUUUUAUAUUUACAAAUAUGCCCUAUGUGAAUAUGCUGUAAUAAAAUGAUCAAAUUUACUUAAAUUAGCAUAAUGUCCAUAUCCUGUAAUUUCUGUUUUACCCCAUGUCUGGAAGCUUCACUUGGAGAGUCUCUGUGUUUUCUUAUUUAUAAUGUUACACAAUGAGAGAAUUGACAUAAAGAUGUAAUCAUUUUGUUUGAGUCAGUCAGUCAGUUCGGUAAUCACCAGAGUAGCGUAUGUGUAAAGUAUGUGUGUAAUGUACAAGUAUUUGUGUUUUGAGAUUUUGAGAUUUUUUACAUUAAAAGCAUU